AGAUAUACAUGAUCUCAACCGCCGGAGUUCCGCGACUCCUAGGACGUUCUACGAUAAUCAAAACCUAAUAAAACUGUUCCGAUCCGGGCGCGGCACAGGUGUUAGUUUGCGAAAUAUUGUUGAGAGCAUCGCCUUACCCAAAAGACCGGAGAGGAAUUUUGAGAUCUAGCUUCGCGAUCAUGACAUACUUCCCAACCUGAGCUAGACCCUUCCCCUCUUCACGACAGCUUCCAUUGUUGAUCGUUUAUUUAGCGAUUGCACCAUUUCAUAUGGUAUCAGCCGGGUUUUUAGCAUUGGGCAGACAGGGUGACUAUGGUCGUCAAGCUAGAUGCGCACCAGACGUCCCUGGAAGCCUUCGGAUUACCUUGGACCUCCCGCCACGCGCAUCGUCCGGACGAUGAGCCGGGCCUAGUGAACAGCAGCAGAUCGCAGUACUUCAGAAUUAGCGCGUCGGCGCCCCCUUCGCCACCGAGCGUCUACCAAGUUUUGAAAGACGGCAAUGGUGGUAGCGGCGGAAGCAGCGUCGGCGGGACCAGCGGCCAUAACCAUGUGGGACGCAGGAUAGCUAGCUCUAGGCCGCGUUUAGCGAAGAUCCAGAUAGAGCUUCAGCCGUGCCAACCCCCGACAUCGAGAUCGGUAUCACCAUCAGCGACGGCACUAGCCGAUAGUCGGCCAAGCCCGCAAAAGGCAAAUUCGGCCCCUGUCAUUCUGCAGUCUCAAUCUCAGCCUAGCACUGACAGCGAAGAGGGAGAAGAGCGCAGCAACAGCAACCCAUCAUCCCCGACUAGGGUAGACACGAAGUCUUCUACCCGUCCCCUGAGGGCAGCUACACCGGAUGCGAUUUCGCGGGUGGAAGGUGCGAAGGUAACGCAAGUCUUCCGCUUUCCCCGCGAAGCAUUCGCCGCGCCGUCCGCUCUUGCCCUCCGACCCGCAAAGCGUGGGCGGGCGCCGAAUGACGUAGACGGGCCCGGCACCGGAGAUCUUCCGUGCAAGAAGCGGAGGUUGCGACUGCACUUAGUGACGAGCCGGCUUUCGCAGCCGUACAGCUGGCCCGCGACGCACAUCCUGAACCGCGAGAGCGGCGACGACUUGCCUGUACUCAGCCGGUUCCUCAAGUUCGCGGCCGUCGGCGCGUUGAAGAAGGCCGGCCACCAGAGCGCGCUCGUGCGUAAGGCUGCUAUCCUUAAUAGGGUGCGCAUCGGCGUGCGCCACGCCGCCGUGCUUAGGGGUCACGCGGUGAUCGCGGGGAUGGCUGCCAGAGGAGAUUUGCUGAGCCAUGGCUUGCAGAUAGUGACCACUUCCAAUAGCACGACCGGAGCGCGGUUCCCCGGCCUCGCACCCAACCCAUACGAUCACCCGAUACCGCCGGCGUGGCGGCCACACACGACGACCUUCCACCCGUCGCCUCCCAGCUCGACCCCUCCGGAUCGGGGCGGUUCGGCAAGCAGCUCAGAGAAUACGACUCCUAGCCCACCGGCGACAUCUCCGCUCUCUUCGUCGACGCGAUCGGGUAUCCUCGGAAGGCCCUCCUACCUACCGUUACAAGCGGAUGAAGAAGAGGAGGUUGCAUUCCCGUCGCCAGAUCUCGAAACCCGAUAUGCAGACCUCUCAGAUGACGACAUGGACGACGUGUACGCAGAUUUUGGUGUUUUGUUUGGUUCUGGGGCGCGAUCAUCGGAGAGUAGUAGUGGAAGCGACGAGGCGGGUGGUGGGGAGCACUUCUAUGAGGAAUACUUGGACGAACUGGAUGGGAUACGGUGGAUAGCAUAGGGAAUAUGGAAUAGGGGUCAUGGUUAUUGAGAUGUUGAUUUGGGGGAUCCUUUGGGGCGACCUGGUGUUUUUUGAACCCGGACGAGGGCAUAAAAAUGGCGCUAUGG